CUCGCAAACCAUACUCAUUUCCACCAACUCCCAUCUCCCUGUCUUCAAACCCUUCGCACACUGUCCAAUCGCUAUGGGAUCUGAUAAGAAGAUUAAGAUCGGAAUCAAUGGAUUCGGAAGGAUCGGUCGUCUAGUUGCUAGAGUUGCUCUUCAGAGGGAUGAUGUUGAGCUUGUUGCCGUUAACGAUCCUUUCAUCACCACUGACUACAUGACGUAUAUGUUCAAGUAUGAUAGUGUUCAUAGCCAAUGGAAGCACCAUGAGCUUAAGGUCAAGGAUGAGAAGACCCUUCUCUUUGGUGAGAAGCCCGUCACUGUUUUUGGCAUCAGGAACCCAGAAGACAUCCCAUGGGGUGAAGCUGGAGCUGAUUUCGUGGUAGAGUCUACUGGAGUCUUCACGGACAAGGACAAGGCUGCUGCCCAUUUGAAGGGUGGUGCCAAGAAGGUUGUCAUCUCUGCUCCUAGCAAGGAUGCUCCCAUGUUUGUUGUGGGUGUCAAUGAGAAUGAAUAUAAACCGGAGCUCAACAUUGUUUCCAAUGCUAGCUGCACAACCAACUGCCUUGCUCCACUGGCCAAGGUCAUUAACGAUAGGUUUGGCAUUGUUGAGGGUCUUAUGACAACGGUGCACUCUAUCACUGCCACUCAAAAGACUGUGGACGGUCCAUCAAUGAAGGACUGGAGAGGCGGAAGAGCUGCUUCUUUCAACAUCAUUCCCAGCAGCACCGGAGCUGCUAAGGCCGUUGGUAAAGUGUUGCCAGCCCUUAAUGGCAAAUUAACCGGAAUGGCCUUCCGUGUCCCAACUGUGGAUGUUUCUGUUGUGGACUUGACCGUAAGGCUUGAAAAGAAGGCUACCUAUGAGCAAAUCAAGGCUGCGAUCAAGGAAGAAUCAGAGGGCAAGCUCAAGGGUAUUUUGGGAUAUACAGAAGACGAUCUUGUAUCCACAGACUUCAUUGGUGACAGCAGGUCAAGCAUCUUCGAUGCCAAAGCUGGAAUAGCAUUGAACGACAACUUUGUGAAGCUUGUGUCAUGGUAUGACAACGAAUGGGGAUACAGCUCCCGUGUUAUCGACCUGAUCUGCCACAUUGCAUCCGUUGAAGCCUAGAUUUUCACCAAACGUCCUCGGCUGGUUUCUUUUGGGUUAUUUUGUUUGUUUACCUGCUCCUGCUGUUUUAAGAACAGCAUUGCCAAAAUAGAGCAUGAUUGUUUAGAAAUCGGCUUUUUGAUUUUAGUGUGCAUGCUGUCGAUGCCAUUCAGUGGUUAGAAUUACUGAUUGGUUAUGGAUAAUAAAAGUCUUUUGUACUUGGUAUUGCUGUAUCGGAGAUGUUUUUAUCGUCCCAUGAUGGUUUUGUUAUACGUCGUCGUAAUA